UAUUUAUCCAUCUCUCUCUCUCACACCCUCUCUUCUCUGGGAAAGAAAAAAUGGAAAUAUCAGCUGCAUCGGUAACAGUUUCAGUAGCUAUAGCUGUUGUGUCCUGGUGGGUAUGGAGAACUCUGAAUUGGGUUUGGUUUAAACCUAAGACGCUUGAGAGUUACCUGAGGAGACAGGGUCUAGUCGGAACUCCUUACACGCCUCUUGCCGGCGAUUCCAAGAGGACUUUUAACAUGUCAAUGGAGGCAAGGUCCAAACCCAUCAAUCUUACGGAUGAUAUCAUCCCACGUGUCUUGCCUUUCUCCUUGCACAUGCUCAAGACGUACGGAAGGACUUUCUUUACAUGGCGUGGACAUAUACCAGUUAUCACCAUAAUGGAUCCUGAGCAAAUCAAGGAAGUCUUCAACAAAAUUUAUGAUUUCCAGAAGCCACAUACAUUCCCUUUGGGCAGAUUGAUAGCCACUGGACUCUUUAGUUAUGACGGUGAUAAAUGGGCAAAUCACCGAAGAAUCAUCAACCCGGCUUUCCACCUUGAGAAGAUCAAGAAUAUGGUACCUGCGUUCCACCAGACCUGCAGCGAGGUUAUUGGCGAAUGGGACAAGUUAGUGUCGGAUAAAGGCUCGUCCUGUGAGGUGGACGUUUGGCCUUGGCUUAUGAGUAUGACUGCAGAUGUGAUCUCUCGUACUGCUUUUGGCAGCAGCUACAAAGAAGGGCAGAGGAUAUUUGAGCUCCAAGCGGAACUAGCACAGCUCAUUACAUUAUCUGUUCAGACAGCGUUCAUCCCUGGAUACAGAUUUCUCCCAACGAAACGUAAUAGAAGGAUAAAAGCAGCAGCCAGAGAAAUCCAAAUUAUACUGAGUGGUAUUAUUAACAAAAGGUUAAGGGCGAGAGAAGCUGGGGAAGCACCAAGCAACGAUUUACUGGGUAUACUUCUUGAAUCGAAUUUGGGGCAAGCCAAAGGAAAUGGAAUGAGCACUGAGGAUGUGAUGGAGGAGUGCAAGUUGUUCUAUUUCGCCGGGCAGGAGACAACUUCAGUACUUCUGGUCUGGACAAUGGUUCUGUUAAGCCAACACCAAGACUGGCAGGCUCGUGCCCGAGAAGAAGUGAAGCAAGUUUUCGGUGAUAAAGAACCUGAUACAGAAGGCCUUAACCAGCUCAAAGUUAUGACGAUGAUAUUCUAUGAGGUCCUUAGGCUAUAUCCUCCAGUAAACCAGCUGACCCGAGCCAUUCACAAAGAGAUGAAGCUAGGCGACCUGACACUACCAGGCGGCGUUCAGAUCAGUCUACCUAUUCUGCUCGUCCAGCGCGACACGGAGCUAUGGGGCAAAGAUGCAGCGGAAUUCAAGCCCGAGAGGUUUCAAGAAGGGAUCUCAAAGGCAACAAAGAGCCAAGUCUCUUUCUUUCCCUUUGGAUGGGGACCGAGGAUAUGCAUAGGCCAGAAUUUUGCUCUGUUGGAGGCAAAGAUGGCAAUGGCAUUGAUCCUACACAGAUUCUCCUUGGAGCUAUCUCCUUCCUAUGUUCAUGCGCCAUACACAGUAUUCACCAUUCACCCACAGUUUGGUGCUCAUCUUAUCCUGCACAAGCUAUAAUUCCAUAACCCCAUGUAAUAUUUUCAAAUGAACUUGUUAUACGUAGGAUAAAUAAGAUUCGAUUUACAGAAAUGAAGGGAAAGUUAGAGCACGUUCCUAGA